UUCUUAGUAGCUAAUCAUUUAUCGGGUUCCUAAAAAGCGCGGGAAAGAGGUUACCCACAAUUCUCUUCUCGUUGACUUCGCUGGAAGACAUUGCUGAUUGCGCAGAGAAAAUGGAAGAAAACUGGGAUGAAGAUGUUUCGGGCACUUCUUUGAGUACAAGCCAACAGUUUGCUCUGAGAAUGUUUUGACUAAGCCAAGAGGGUUCGGCCGAGGAAAAAUCUUGGUAGACAACAUGAAUGCUUUGAACAUUAGUGGAGAUGCACAAAAUAAACCUCAUACAAAUGGAUGUGGUCCAAAGAUAGGUUCAGUAUUUGGGAACAACACUUUUAGUAAGAAAGAAACAAGUAACAAUGACAUCGGGUGGAAUGAAGAUGCCAUAUUGACUGCAGAUGGUGAUAGCAGAGGCAGUGGUACCUUUCGAGGAUUUGAUUCAGAGAGAGGUGGAAGAUUUGGGACUACUAACGAUGCUCCUAGAGGUGGAAGGUUUGGUCCAAAAGAUGGUGCUGGAGGAUCUGGGUGCCACAGGUGUGGUGAAGAAGGACACUUUGCUAGAGACUGCCCCAGUGGUGGCCGGAGUAGCUCUGGCUGCCAUAAAUGCGGAGAAGAAGGGCACAUGGCCAGGGAAUGUCCAAAUAACAGAGGAGGAGGACAUAGUUCAGGCUGUCGAAAGUGCGGAGAACAAGGACACUUUGCUAGGGAAUGCCCAAAUGGAGAUGUUGGUUCUGAGGGAAACAGUUGUCGAAAGUGCGGGAAAGGAGGACACUUUGCAAGAGAGUGCCCUGAUGGUGGAGAGGGGAGCUUCGGUGGUAGUGGAUGUCGGAAAUGUGGAGAAGAAGGACACUUUGCACGAGACUGCCCGAACAGUGGCAGUGGUAAUGCUGGUGACAGGCCAAAAGAGAACUACAUACCACCAGAUCUUCCAGAAGAUGAGGCAUCGGUGUUUCAACCAAGCAUUCAGAAAGGAAUUAACUUUGACAAAUAUGACAAUAUUGCGGUGGAAGUGACAGGAGAUGACAAGUUACCACCCAUUAACUCCUUUGAUGAAGCUGAUUUGCUGCCUACCUUUGUGAAGAAUAUUAAACGUGCUAAUUACACCAAGCCUACCCCAAUCCAGAAAAAUGCCAUACCAACCAUUUUAGCUGGAAGAGACCUUAUGGGUUGUGCUCAGACUGGUUCUGGAAAGACUGCUGCUUUUAUUCUUCCUGUUUUGACGGCAAUGGUCAGAAAUGGGCUGACAACUGGAAAAUUCAGUGAAGUGCAAGAGCCACAGGCUAUUGUCAUUGCACCAACUCGUGAGUUGGUUUUGCAGAUUUAUGGUGAAGCUCGAAAGUUUGCAUUUGGCACAGACAUUCGCCCUGUAGUGGUGUACGGGGGAACUUCUGUCGCUCACCAGCUACGACAGGUAGAGCAGGGGGCACACUUUGUGGUUGGCACGCCAGGCCGUCUGCUGGAUUUUGUCAACAGGGGGAAGUUGAGUCUCCGAAAGGUAGAGUUUCUAAUUUUGGAUGAAGCUGAUAGAAUGUUGGACAUGGGAUUUGAGCCUGACGUUCGUAAAAUUGUUGAAACACUUGGCAUGCCUCCCAAGGGCAAGCGCCAGACUCUCAUGUUCAGUGCCACUUUCAAAGAGGAGAUUCAGAAGCUGGCUGCUGACUUUCUGCAGAACUACCUUUUCAUAACUGUGGGGAUUGUGGGAGGAGCCUGCAGUGAUGUUGAGCAAAAAUUCUUUGAAGUCGAUCGCUUAAAAAAGCGUGAGCAUCUGUGCAACAUUCUGAAUAACUCAGGUUCAGACAAGGUUUUGGUGUUCGUCGGACAAAAACGUAAUGCAGAUUUCUUAGCUUCUUACUUGUCACAGUCAGGUUUCCCAACCACAAGUAUUCAUGGUGAUCGCCUACAACGUGAACGAGAAGAAGCAUUACACGAUUUCAAAACGGGAAAACUGCCUAUUCUUAUUGCAACAAAUGUUGCUGCACGAGGUUUGGAUAUCCCUGAGGUCAAACAUGUUAUUAACUAUGACCUGCCUGCAGAAAUCGAUGAGUAUGUGCAUCGAAUUGGCCGAACAGGACGAUGUGGUAAUCUGGGGAAGGCUACAAGCUUCUACUCUCAUGAUACAGAUAGUGCCCUUGCUCCAAACUUAGUCCGCAUCUUGAAAGAGUCAAGACAAGAGGUGCCAGACUGGUUGGAAGCAUAUGCUGCCGGAGGAUUUAGUGACUACAGCAGUGUUAGUCAGUUUGGUGGCAAGGAUAUAAGACGGCAGAGGGGAGGAAAGUAUGGUGGCGGCGGCGGCAGCAGUUUCACAGGUGGGGAACCCAGCUUUACAAGUGGAGAGACAGACUUAGAUUUUGGUGGCUCUUACAACGCUGGUGGUGGUGGUGAUGAGGAAUCCUGGGACUAACAUGAAAGGAACUUAUCACCAAUGCUGUGUGCAACCACAUUCCACAAAGGCUGUUUUGAACUUUGAUGCAAAAAAAACUUGAAUUAUAAUUCUGUCGACAUUGAUAUACUCUUUUUGUUUAGCC